UCAUCGAAAAUGUAUCUGUCCCUUUUCAGUCUAUCACUCUGUCGAUUCUCUUCGGAAAUAUGAUCAACACUUUUCUGAUUUUCUGCGUUUUUCCUGCUGCUCUCGUAGGGCAAGCUAUCAGGCUUGUGCCGCCACCAGAUGCAACUCAUGUGGGGCAGGGUCGAGUGGAAGUUAAACAUGAAGGGACCUGGGGCACAGUUUGCGAUGAUGAAUGGUCGAUUGAAGACGCAACUGUGGUGUGCGAGCAGAUGGGGUUUCUGAAAGCGAUUUAUCAGGCCAACCGCGCUAAGUUUGGCCAGGGCACUGGGCCAGUGCUGCUGAGUAAGAUGAGGUGUACUGGGGAAGAGAAGUCACUGUUAGACUGCCCCCACCCGGGGUGGGGGCAGAACAGUUGUGACCACGAGAGAGACGCUGGCGUCAGUUGUCUUGAACAAGGUGUCCCACAAAUCCUAGAGGUCGGGUGCUACCGAGAUAAGUCUAGUGACCGGGCCUUAGACAAUCUUUACGCUAAUCUCCGAAAAAACAUCGAUUGGUGGAACAGGCGAGCGAUUGUGACGAAGUGUGCCGAACGGGCCUUCGUGCGUGGUUAUAGGUACUUCGCGGUGCAGUUUUAUGGAGAGUGCUGGGGAGACGAUCGACCCCGACCGACCUACGAUAAGCAUGGUCCUGGGAAAGGCUGCACUGACGGUGUUGGUGACCACAUUCACAACUUUGUUUACCGCUUUGCUCCGUGGCACGACCUCGGAUGCUGGCGUGACACGGGUGAUGGUCGUACCAUGACUCUGCUGGCUAACUUCCGAGGAAAAAUCGAUUGGUUUCAUAUGGAAAAGACAGUCGAGAUGUGUUAUGAAGCUUCAAAAAAGGCCAAGAAGAAGUACUUCGCCAUUCAGUUUUUUGGCGAGUGUUGGGUGUCGGACACGGAGUCUUACAAGGCACAUGGUCCAUCCACCAACUGCUGGAAUGGUGUCGGAAGAGAUUACGACAACUACGUCUACGAGGCGCUUUGGUAAAUACAGGUCAUGGGAGAGACGACUGCUCAAUGCGACCAGGCCGUGUAGGUUGUUACUGAACUCAAAACAGCUGUAGCUUAACCAUAUGACAAGCCAUGCCUUAAAUAAAUUAUACUAGUACUGAG